AUGUCUGGAAGAGAGAAAGUGAAGCCAGAGCCAAUGAAAGUUGUGUUCAUUAACACACAAUACGUUGAGACAGAUGCACGUAGCUUCAAGAAUGUUGUUCAAGAACUCACAGGUAAGGAUGCCAUCGUAGCCGCCGGUCCUUUCGAGUCUCCAUCCACUUCCGACGACCGUGGUUACGGUGGAGGAAGUAAAAUAGGCGAAACUUCCAGACGGAACAAUGGUGGUGGAGGAGGAGUACUGGGGACGACGACUGAGUUUGAAAAAUUUGUCAAGGAGAUGCCUCCCGUAGAGGAAUUGUAUAAACUAUGGUCAGAUAAUUGAGUAUUAACUUAAACUCUAUACGUUAAUGAUUUGAACUUUAUUCUACAGCGAUUUAAUAUUCGUUUUGUUCUCAAAUAAAAAAAGUUGCUUUCAUC